CCUCAUUUCCAAAUCCCUCUCCCUAGAGUGGAAUGCUAUGCUUGCUCGCUCGCUCCUUACCCUCUCACCUCACCUCUCUUCUCAGGCUCUCUCCAUACAUACAUACACAAUAGAUACAACGCAAUCACCCCCCUACCCACUACCCAACCCCCACUCCCACCUCUCCAUCUCCAUUGUUUCACUCCAUCAACAACAAAAUUGAUAUACACACACAUACGUAUAUACGCGCAGGAGAGGAACGGACAAAUUGAAGAAAGAAAGAAUAAAUUUCGAUAACGAAAAACGGGAGAAAUGAAACACCAUCAUCACCAGAACCUAUCAGCUUCCGCCGCGGAAACGGCGGUGUCUUCUUCAUCGGCGUACCAAUCGCAGACGCCCGUGCAGCCUCCCUCAUCGGCGACGUCGUCGUCCUCCGCCGCGGCGGCGGCAUCGUCGUCAUCCUCGACGUCGGAGAAACCUAUGGCGGCUGCCGAGGAUGUUGCGGCGGCGGCGUCCAGGGACGCGGUAUCGGUGACCACGGCCGCGUCGGAAUCUGUGACCGUGGAGAGGCGGGGGGAGUACGCGGCGGUGUGCAAAUGGGCCAUCGCGAAUUUCCCGAGAAUCAAGGGGCGAGCACUGUGGAGCAAGUAUUUUGAGGUCGGCGGCUAUGAUUGUCGUCUGUUAGUUUACCCUAAGGGUGACUCUCAGGCGUUGCCAGGGUACAUCUCUAUCUACCUUCAGAUUAUGGACCCUCGCAAUACGACGUCGGCCAAGUGGGACUGCUUCGCCAGCUAUCGCCUCGCCAUCGAGAACCCCAGCGAUGCCUCCAAGUCCAUCCAUCGAGACUCCUGGCAUAGGUUCUCCUCCAAAAAGAAAUCCCAUGGUUGGUGCGAUUUCACACCCUCAAACUCUAUCCUAGACCCUAAGUUAGGGUUUCUAUUUAGCAAUGAUUGCCUCCUUGUAACUGCUGAUAUACUGAUUCUGCAUGAAUCUGUUAGUUUUUCUCGUGAUAACAAUGAAUUGCAGUCUAGUUCCUCGUCCAAUGUGGUGGUUACUGGACCCGCUGGGGAUGUUUUGAGUGGGAAGUUUACUUGGAAGGUGCAUAAUUUUAGCUUAUUUAAGGAAAUGAUCAAAACUCAAAAAAUCAUGAGUCCAGUUUUCCCAGCUGGGGAGUGCAAUUUGAGGAUUAGUGUGUAUCAGAGCUCGGUGAAUGGGGUAGAGUAUUUGUCAAUGUGUUUAGAGAGUAAAGAUACUGAGAAGACAUUGAUCUCAGAUAGGAGUUGUUGGUGUUUGUUUAGGAUGUCUGUGCUUAACCAGAAGCCUGGUAUGAAUCACGUGCACAGAGACUCGUAUGGGAGGUUUGCCGCUGAUAAUAAGAGUGGGGAUAACACUAGCUUGGGAUGGAAUGAUUACAUGAAAAUGUCUGAUUUUGUGGGUUCAGAGUCAGGUUAUCUAGUGGAUGACACUGCUGUUUUUAGCACCUCGUUCCACGUAAUUAAGGAGCUAAGUAGCUUUUCAAAAAAUGGGGGAGUGAUUGGAGCAAGAAUAGGGAAUAGUGCUCGGAAAUCUGAUGGGCACCUGGGAAAGUUCACAUGGAGGAUUGAGAACUUCACAAGGUUGAAGGAUCUUUUGAAAAAGAGGAAGAUUACAGGGCUCUGCAUAAAAAGCAGGAGAUUUCAAAUUGGAAAUAGGGAUUGCCGGCUUAUUGUUUACCCCAGAGGGCAAGCUCAGCCACCUUGCCACCUUUCAGUAUUUCUUGAAGUCACAGAUUCACGAAAUACGAAUAAUGAUUGGAGUUGUUUUGUGAGCCAUCGGUUGUCUGUUGUGAACCAAAGGAUAGAGGAGAAGUCUGUCACCAAGGAAUCUCAGAAUCGCUACUCUAAAGCAGCUAAGGACUGGGGUUGGCGCGAAUUUGUGACCCUUACUAGUCUUUUUGAUCAAGAUUCUGGGUUCCUUGUUCAAGACACUGUUGUAUUUUCUGCUGAAGUCCUUAUUUUGAAGGAGACAUCUAUAAUGCAGGACCUCACAGAUCAGGAUGAUGAGUCAGGAGUCACUGGUUCCCAAUUGGACAGGGUUGGGAAAAGGAGUUCAUUUACAUGGAAGGUGGAAAACUUUUUGUCUUUCAAGGAGAUAAUGGAAACAAGAAAAAUAUUUAGCAAAUUCUUUCAGGCAGGUGGAUGUGAGCUCCGAAUUGGUGUUUAUGAAUCCUUUGACACUAUAUGUAUAUAUUUGGAGAGUGAUCAGUCUGGUAGUGAUCUUGAGAAGAAUUUUUGGGUUAGAUACAGGAUGGCUAUUCUGAACCAGAAAAAUCCUUCUAAAACUGUAUGGAAGGAGUCUUCAAUCUGCACUAAAACAUGGAAUAAUUCUGUACUUCAAUUCAUGAAGGUGUCGGAUAUGUUGGAAGCAGAUGCAGGAUUUCUUGUACGUGAUACAGUUAUCUUUGUUUGUGAAAUCUUGGACUGCUGCCCUUGGUUUGAGUUUUCUGACCUGGAGGUAUUAGCUUCUGAGGAUGAUCAGGAUGCUCUGACAACUGACCCUGAUGAGCUCAUUGAUUCAGAAGACAGUGAAGGAAUAAGUGGAGAUGAGGAAGACAUCUUCAGGAAUCUUCUUUCCAGAGCAGGGUUUCAUCUCACUUAUGGAGAUAAUCCUUCACAGCCACAGGUUACUUUGAGAGAAAAACUUCUCAUGGACGCUGGUGCUAUUGCUGGUUUCUUGACUGGACUUCGUGUAUAUCUUGAUGAUCCUGCUAAAGUGAAGCGGUUACUCCUUCCUACUAAAAUAUCUGGAUGUAAUGAUGGGAAGAAACUCAGUAAGAAUGAUGAAUCUUCUCCCAGCUUAAUGAACUUGCUGAUGGGAGUAAAAGUUUUGCAGCAGGCGAUCAUUGAUUUGCUUUUGGACAUAAUGGUGGAGUGUUGUCAACCUUCAGAAGGCUGUCCAGUUGGUGAUUCCUUAGAAGGGAGUUCCAAACCUUUUCCAGAGGGUAGUGAUCCCAAUGGUACUACUAGUCCUUUAGAAAAUGAUAGGGCCAAUGGAGCCAAUGAAUCAAUGCAGAUUCCUGUCCAUGAUAGACUUGAUUCAGUCAUGGAUGAAGGUACAAGUUUAUCCGCUGUUCAAAGUUCGGAUAUUGGUGGCAAUGAUACACAAGAUAAAGCAUUUCCUGGACAACCUAUUUGUCCACCUGAAACAUCUGCUGGUGGUUCGUUGGAAAAUCCUUCCCUUCGUUCUAAGACGAAGUGGCCAGAGCAGUCCGAAGAGCUUCUUGGAUUGAUUGUGAACUCCUUGAGAGCACUUGAUGGAGCUGUUCCACAGGGUUGCCCUGAACCAAGGAGGAGGCCGCAGUCUGCACAAAAGAUUGCGCUUGUACUUGAUAAAGCACCAAAGCAUCUACAGCCAGACCUUGUUGCUUUGGUACCAAAAUUGGUUGAGCAUUCAGAACAUCCACUGGCUGCGUGUGCUCUUUUAGAACGACUUCAAAAGCCGGAUGCAGAGCCUGCACUGCGAGUGCCAGUUUUUAAUGCACUUAGUCAGUUGGAAUGUAGUAGUGAUGUGUGGGAACGUGUUCUUUUCCAGUCAUUUGAUCUUUUGACAGAUUGCAACGAUGAGCCUCUCGCAGCAACAGUGGACUUCAUAUUCAAGGCUGCAAUUCAUUGCCAACAUCUUGCGGAAGCAGUCCGAGCAAUCCGGACUAGGCUAAAAAAUUUGGGCACAGAAGUCUCCCCAUGUGUUCUUGAUUAUUUGAGCCGGACAGUUGGUAGCUGCGCUGAUAUUGCUGAAGCUAUUCUUAGAGAUAUCGAUUGUGAUAAUGGUUUCAGUGAGAACUGUUCAGCAGUUCCUUGUGGAAUUUUCCUAUUUGGUGAAAACUGUCAUACUACUGAAAGACCUGAACCUGUGGAUGAGCACCCUUUCCGGUCUGGUGAUCAUGUUUCUGACAUUUACAUUCUGAUUGAGAUGUUAUCUAUCCCUUGCCUUGCUGUUGAUGCAUCCCAAACUUUUGAGAGAGCUGUUGCUCGAGGUGCCGUAGUGGCUCAAUCUGUAGCCAUGGUCUUGGAAAGGCGUCUUGCUCGGAGAAUAAAUUUGACCUCUCAAUAUGUUGCUGGAAAUUUUCAGCAUGCUGAUGUGGUUGUGGAAGGGGAAGCCAUUGAGCAACUGAGGGCCCAACAAGAUGAUUUUACUUCAAUUCUUAGUCUUGCUGAGACACUUGCACUUUCCAGAGACCCGCACGUGAAAGGAUUUGUGAAAAUGCUUUACACUAUAUUGUUCAAAUGGUAUGCUGAUGAGUCUUACCGAUUGAGGAUCCUCAAGAGACUUGUUGAUCGUGCUACCAGUACAACAGAUAGUGCUCGUGAAGUAGAUUUAGAUUUAGAUAUUUUGGCAACUUUAGUAUGUGAGGAGCAAGAAAUUGUUAGACCAGUUCUUAGUAUGAUGAGGGAGGUUGCUGAACUCGCAAAUGUUGAUCGAGCAGCACUUUGGCAUCAGUUAUGUGCUAGUGAAGAUGAAAUUCUCCGCAAUCGUGAGGAAAGAAAAACAGAGAUCUCCAAUAUGGCUAAAGAGAAAGCUGUUAUUUCCCAAAAGCUUAACGAAUCUGAGGCUACUAAUAACCGUCUUAAGUCUGAAAUGAAGGCUGAGAUGGAUCGUUUUGCUCGGGAAAGAAAGGAGCUUACAGAGCAGAUACAAGAUAUUGAGAAUCAACUUGAAUGGAUCCGCUCUGAAAGAGAUGAAGAAAUUGCAAAGCUCACUGCUGAGAAAAGGGCUUUACAAGAUCGUUUGCAUGAUGCGGAGGUUCAGCUUUCCCAACUGAAGUCUCGAAAGCGAGAUGAACAGAAGAAACUAAUGAAGGAGAAAAAUGCUCUUGCCGAAAGGUUGAGGAAUGCUGAAGCUGCAAGAAAAAGAUUUGAUGAAGAAUUGAAACGAUUUGCUACUGAAAAUGUUACUCGAGAAGAAAUACGGCAGUCACUGGAGGAUGAAGUUCGCAGGUUGACAGAAACUGUUGGACAAACCGAAGGGGAGAAGCGUGAGAAAGAAGAGCAGGUUGCUCGAUGUGAAGCUUACAUUGAUGGGAUGGAGUCCAAAUUGCAGGCAUGCGAGCAAUACAUUCAUCAUCUUGAAGCAUCUCUUCAAGAAGAAAUGUCGAGACACGCCCCACUGUAUGGUGCUGGGUUGGAUGCUUUGUCAAUGAAGGAGUUGGAGACAUUGGCAAGGAUUCACGAAGAAGGGCUGAGGCAAAUCCACACCAUCCAACAGCGUAAAGGAAGCCCCGGUGGUAGCCCACUUGUAAGCCCUCAUAACCUUCCACAUACUAAUGGACUGUUCCCUGCUGCUCCUCCUACAAUGGCUGUCGGACUUCCCCCAUCUAUUGUACCAAAUGGUGUCGGGAUCCACAGUAACGGACAUGUAAAUGGUGCAAUUGGACCUUGGUUCAAUCAUUCCUGAGUCUGAGUCUAAGUCGAGUCCGAGUCUAGGUUGGGCAUUAUAUUGUAACGAUCUAGACUAGGUGGUUGGUUGGUUGGUUAUACCCUCUCAUCCUAAAACCCUAGCUCGAUAAGGCUAUUAUAUGUUUAGUUUUCGGGCUGGCUGGCAUUUCGGCUGGGAUAACUGUUGGAACAUGCAGCAGAUUCCAAUAGCACCAGCAGCAAUCAAAUGCUGCACUUUUUUCUUCCGCCAAAUUAAUCAAAGGAAUUUUCAUUUUCUUU